AUCCAGUUGGACACUCGGUUCCCCAUCCUGCAGCAGUGAGGACAUGCGUCUCCUGCCGGUGGCGUCGCUCUUCAUCUGCCUCUGGUUGGUGGAGGGGAGCCGGUGUGACGGCAGCUUUCAGGGCAGUAUGGCGGAGCUGCACGGCAGGUUCGCCGUCCGCCUCUACCAGACACUUACCGAAACGGAGAACAACUCCAACCUGAUGGUGUCUCCGGCCAGCGUGUCCUCGUCUCUGGGGCUGCUGCAGCUCGGUGCCAGGGGCAACACGCUGGCUCAGCUGGAGGCCACGUUAGGAUACAACGUGAAGGACGUCCAGGUCCACGACUUCCUGCUUCAUUCCCACAGAGACGCCAGCAACAGCAGCCAGGACCCGAUGCUGCACCAGAGCUGCACGCUGUUCGUGCAGAGCGGCGUUCAGCUGCUGACCGACUUCACGCGGCGCGCGGCGGCGUGGACCGACUUCAGCCAACUGAACCACACGGGACACACCGCCGAGGAGCCGUGGUCCCUCCAGGCAGGAAGCAGCAGUGGGGACCUGUCGGGCUCUGGUGAGCCCCAGGCCGAGGCCCCAUGGUGGGGCCAGAGGCUGCAGAUGGCUCUGGUCAACACUGUGGCCUUCAGGGGCGUCUGGCAGAAACAGUUCUUGUUCAGCAGCACACAGAACCUGCCCUUCAUCCUCUCUGACGGGACCGCCGUCAAAGUACCCAUGAUGCACCAGGCCAGCGAGGUCAGCUUUGGUCAGUUCCGGACGGCGUGGGACCAGCGCUACACCGUGUUGGAGCUGCCGUACCUGGGCCGGUCCCUCAGCCUACAGGUGGUGCUGCCCAGCGAGAGGAAGACGCCGCUGUCCUCCCUGGAGGCCCAGCUCAGCGCCCGCCAGCUGGCCUCCUGGGACACGGGCCUCCGCAGAACCAAGAUGGACGUCCUCCUACCGAGGUUCAGGAUGCAGAACAGGUUCAACCUGAGGUCGGUGCUUCCCGCCAUGGGCAUCAGAGACGCCUUCGACCCGACAGCGGCGGAUUUCACCGGAAUAUCAGGUCAGAACAUUUAGUCCUUUAGAUCUGGACCUUCACAAAGAUCCAAAGUGAAUCAGAACCAGAAACGAUUUUAUUGAA